AUGAUGAGGAGAUGCCUGACGUUCAUUUUACUGUCUUCAGUUGUAAUACUCAUCACAGCUGUUCAUGUAAAUGUGAGGCUGGUUGGUGGUCACAGUCGCUGUGCUGGUAGAGUGGAGGUUCUUCAUAGAGGUCAGUGGGGAACAGUAUGUGGUGAUUUUUGGGAUUUGGUUGAUGCUGCAGUGGUGUGUAGAGAGCUGGACUGCGGAGAACCAGUAGAUGCCCUGGGUGCUACUCAUUUUGGAUCAGGUUCAGGACCAAUCUGGAUGAGUUAUGUCAUGUGUACUGGAUCAGAGUCCACACUGAAGAACUGUGGGUCAUUAGGAUGGGGUAAAAGUAGAUGUGAUCAUUCUAAAGAUAAUGGAGUCAUCUGCUCAGAAGUCAGGCUGGUUGGAGGUUCUCACUGCUCUGGAAGGUUAGAGAUCCUUCAUGAUCAGACGUGGAUGUCAGUGUGUGCCGCUGCCUUUGACCAGCAGGAUGCAGAGGUUGUGUGUAGAGAGCUGGACUGUGGGGCUCCUGUACAGGUGCUGGGAGCAGCUGCUUUUGGCAAAGGAGACACUCAGAUGUGGACACAAGAGAUUCAGUGCAGAGGAAAUGAAUCUCAGAUUCACUCCUGCCCAACAUCACUAUCAGUCAACGGCAGCUGUUUUCAUGAGCACACCAUUGACUUACUGUGUUCUGACAUAAGGAAUGUGAGGCUGGUUGGUGGUCACAGUCACUGUGCUGGCACGGUGGAGGUUCUUCAUAGAGGUCAGUGGGGAACAGUGUGUGGUGCUGGUUGGGAUUUGGCUGAUGCUGCAGUGGUGUGUAGAGAGCUGGACUGUGGAGAACCUGUAGAUGCUUUGUACGUUGCUCGUUUGGAACCUGGAUCAGGACCGAUCUCAAUGAAAAAUGUGGCGUGCACUGGCUCUGAGUCCACACUUAAGAAAUGUGGAUUGAUCCAAUCAAGUUAUCCUGAUGUGUGUCUUGAUAAGAAUGCUCAUGUCAUUUGUUCAGAAGUCAGGCUGGUUGGAGGUUCUCGCUCUUCUGGGAGGUUAGAGAUACUUCGCAAUCAGACCUGGGGUUUACAAGAGAUUCAUUGUACAGGAAAUGAAUCUCAGAUUCACCUCUGUCCAAUAUCACCAUCACAUGAAAACAACUGUUCUCAUGUUGGACUAGUGUGUGCAGACAUUAUGAGAGUGAGGUUGGUUGGUGGUAACAGUCGCUGUGCUGGUCGAGUGGAGGUUCUUCAUAGAGGUCAUUGGGGAACAGUGUGUGACAUUGGUUGGGAUUUGGCUGAUGCUGCAGUGGUGUGUAGAGAGCUGGACUGUGGAGAACCUGUAGAUGCACUGGGUGAUGCUCAUUUUGGACCAGGAUCAGGACCAAUCUGGACAAAUCGCUCAACAUGUAUUGGAUCAGAGUCUACACUGAAGAACUGUGGGUCAGUAGAAUGGGGUAUUUAUGAAUGCGAUCAUACUAAAGAUGCGGGAGUCAUCUGCUCAGGCAUCAGGCUUACUAAAAACUCCAGUUGGUCUGGGAGGUUAGAGAUCCUUCAUAAUCAGACGUGGGUGUCAGUGUGUGACGCUGCCUUUGACCAGCAGGAUGCAGAGGUUGUGUGUAGAGAGCUGGACUGUGGGGCUCCUGUACAGGUGCUGGGAGCAGCUGCUUUUGACAAAGGAGACACUCAGAUGUGGACACAAGAGAUUCAGUGCAGAGGAAAUGAAUCUCAGAUUCACCUCUGUCCAACAUCACCAUCACAUGAAAACAACUGUUCAAAUGACAACUACCAGGGGAUGCUAUGUGCUGAUAAAAAAAAUGUGAGGUUAGUUGGUGACAACAGUCGGUGUGCUGGUAGAGUGGAAGUGUUUCAUAGAGGUCAGUGGGGAACAGUGUGUGAUCUUGGCUGGGAUAUGCCUGAUGCUGCAGUGGUGUGUAGAGAGCUGGACUGUGGAGAACCUGUAGAUGCUCUGGGUGCUGCUCAUUUUGGACAAGGAUCAGGACCAAUCUGGAUGAGUCUUGUGUUAUGUACUGGAUCAGAGUCAACAGUGAAGAACUGUGGGUCAUCAGGAUGGAGCAAACACGACUGUACUCACAAUUCUGAUUCUGGAGUCAUCUGUUCGGGUGAUAAACCUUCCAGAUUUGUUAAUGGAUCUCAUCUGUGCGAUGGGAGAUUGAAAAUAAUGGAUGAUCAGACAUGGAUGUCAGUUUGUGAUGCUGCCUUUGACCAGCAGGAUGCAGAGGUUGUGUGUAGAGAGCUGGACUGUGGGGCUCCUGUACAGGUGCUGGGAGCUUCUGCUUUUGGCAAAGGAGACGCUCAGAUGUGUACACAAGAGAUUCAGUGCAGAGGAAAUGAAUCUCAGAUUUCAUUUUGUUCAUUAUCAUCAUCACACAAACACAACUGCAGCAGUGACAGCAUUGUGGGACUGAUCUGCUCUGGUUACACUGAUCUCAGACUAGAAAACGGUUCAGACUCUUGUUCUGGAAGAGUGGAGCUUCAGUUUCUCAAUGAGUGGGGAACAGUGUGUGAUGCAUGCUGGGAAAUGAGAGCUGCCAGUAUCCUCUGUAAACAGCUGAAUUGUGGGAUUGCUGUGUCUGUUGUGGGAUCAGACUGGUUUGGAGAGGGAAUUGGUGAAAUCUGGGCUGAUGUGUUUGAUUGUGACGGGAAUGAAACAAAACUCUCAGAAUGUUCCAUCUCUUCAUGGAGUCGAGCUGAAUGUUCUCAUAGACGAGAUGUUGGAGUCGUCUGCUCUGAUUCCUCUCUGGCUCGUCAUGAUGGUCUGGUGCGGUUAUCUGGAGAGAGACAGUGUGAGGGGGAGGUGGAAGUUUUCAUCCAUCAGGUCUGGAGGAGAGUUCUGCUGGACUCCUGGAGUCUCACUGAAUCCUCUGUGGUCUGCAGACAGCUGGGCUGUGGCUCUGUGCUGAACUUCUACGGCUCCUCUUCAUCCAGUCCUGAACACAGUCAUGAGUGUGUGACGGGCUUCCAGUGCUCUGGGAGUGAAGCUCAUCUGGGGAACUGCAGCUCUCCACAAACUCUCAACUGCAGCUCCACACAACAGCUGUCAAUCACCUGCCUUGGUCGUGGGUCCAUCAGGCUGGUGGGUUCUGGGGGAGACUGUGCAGGGAGGCUGGAGGUUUUUCACAGCGGCUCAUGGGGGACAGUGUGUGAUGACUCCUGGGAUAUUAAAGAUGCCCAUGUGGUGUGCAGACAGCUGCAGUGUGGAGUGGCCCUCAGUAACCAGCAGGUACCAGCCUGGUUUGGUCCUGGUUCUGGACCCAUAUGGCUGGAUGAGGUGGAGUGUGAGGGGAAUGAGACGUCCCUGUGGAGCUGCUCUUCUCCAGGCUGGGGAAAACAUGACUGUCAACACAAGGAGGAUGUAGGAGUCGUGUGCUCAGAGUUUAAGCAGAUCAGGUUAACUGAGGGCUGUGAAGGGAAUGUGGAGGUUUUCUACAAUGGAUCCUGGGGUAAUGUGUGCUGGAACCAGAUGGACAGAGACACAGCGAGUCUGAUCUGUCAAGAACUGAACUGUGGAAGAUCUGGCAGUGUACCCAAACAUUCAGAGGGACUGAAGUCUCGUAACUGGCUUGAUAAACUUAAAUGUCGACGACAUGACUCCACUUUAUGGCAGUGUCCUUCUUCACCCUGGGGUCAAAACUACUGUAAUAACGAUGAAGUGGCAAAGAUCACCUGCUCAGAGGAGGAAAGUCAUGAGUCUCCGCGGAGUCAUCUGACAUGUGCUACCUCAUCAUCUCCUCACCAGAGACAGUGUACAAAUCAUGUUCCUCUCAGACUGAGUGGAGGGGAGGGCCGGUGCUCUGGGAGGCUGGAGGUGUAUCAUAACGCUGUGUGGGGCUCAGUCUGUGAUGAUCAGUGGGACAUCAGCGAUGCUCAGGUGGUCUGCAGGCAGCUGGGUUGUGGAGCAGCACUGAGGGCUGAUGGGAAUUCAGUCUUUGGUGCUGGUGAAGGUGUUGUGUGGCUGAACAGAGUCGAGUGCAGAGGGAAUGAGAUUCACCUGUGGGACUGUACUCUCUCCCUGAAUAACCAAACUGACUGCUCCCACAAAGAGCACGCUGGACUCACCUGUGCAGAUUUGUCAGAUUUGUCAGUGUCCACUACUCCUGCCUCAACAACAUCAGCUUCUCCUCCAGUUUCUCCUCCAGUGCGCUCAACAUCAGUCGCUCCUCCACAAACUCCUCCAGCAGCGUCUCUCUCCGUCCCCCCAGUGCUUGUGAUUGUACUGGGAGUUGUGCUCUUACUGCUCUUAGUGCCACUGCUUAUACUGAUUCAGCAGAACAGAGUGAUGAGGAGAGCUCUCUCUAAGAGGAGACACAGGAUGAUGACUGAGGCCGUUUAUGAGGAGAUUCAGCACAGACCCACUAAUAGACACAGUCUCUUCACUCAAAGGGGAAGUGUUGUUUCUACCGAACAGCAAUCUGGGUAUGAAGAUGCUGAUGAGCUUCUUUCAGAUGACUUACCAGAAAACUAUGAUGAUGUCGUUAUUGUACCACAGUUCUGCAAUGAUAAAGCAGGUGUGGGUUUUGAAUUAUACAUUUCUACAUGA